GAUAAUUUGCACUUCUAUGCUGAUGUUAUGCGAGAAGCUAAGUUAGAAAAAGAAGAGGAUCAUAUUAGAUGUAAAGUUGAAGAAAUAGUUAAAGAAAAAAAGGAAAAGGCAAAAGAGGCAUUAUCAAAACCUGAUGAUAAAGAACCUAUAUUAAAGAGUAGAUAG